UCCAAGCUUAGUUUAUGGCCCCAUAUAUAAAUGAUCUCAGGGUGAAAAAAGAGAUUUUGAUACAAGGGUUGCGAUGGAAGUCCAAAAAGCUACCUUAGCUAUGAAAAUUGAGAUGACCGAAAAGAUAUCUGAAGCAAAAAUAGAGAUGGAAGAGAUGGAUAAGAAGUUUUUAGAAGCGAAAGAGGAAGCAAAAGAGGAUAAGGAAGCGAUGGAGAGAAAAUUAUCGGAAGCAAAAAGGGAUAUGGAAGAAAUUAUAGCUGAUAAAGUGAAGAAAGGAAUACAAGCAUAUAUAGAGUCUUUGGGUAUUAAUCUUGAUGCAAAUUUAAAAUCAAAGCAGGUUCUGAUAACUCACUUGAAGAUUGUCAACAAUCAUUAUCACAUGUUCCAGUUGUUCAAACAAAAAAGGUUCCUGAUAACUCAUUCGAUGAUUGUCAACAAUCAUUAUCACCUGUUCCAGUUGUUCACACAAAAAAGGCUAACAUGAUCAAGAAGAUUGGAACUAGUGUAGUUGGAAAAAAUAAAAAGAAGUGGAAUUUUUAAGGAAACUGAGGUCAAGAAUCAACUUCAAAAUGCUCGACUUUUGGAUUGAUCAUAAAGCUUUAUUGCAGAUUUUAUUAGUGACUUUAAUUCCAUUUUAAUUAGGACUUAAUUAGUUGAUUUUUUCAAAAUUAUUGUAAUUAGUUAGAUCUCAUUUUUA